GACUAGCGAAAACAGGGGUAAGGCGUGUGUGAUAAGUCAGAGAAUCUGCUAUGCUUGAAUGGUAUAUCCACUGCAGCGAGUAGCGGAGGUUUGUCAACAACAUCUAAGAUGGAAGUCUACAAAGUUGUGCUUGUUCUUCUCGGAAUUGCUGCCCACUGUCAUGGCUUCUCCGAAGUGUCAAACAUCGAGAAACGAUCCAGUUCCUGUCGUUCUACUAUGGUGUGCCUGGCCCCGGUUCCAAUGCUUGUGGAGCUAGUGGAGAAAGACUUUGUGUCUGGUCUCGGGCCUCUGACUUACGAGGUGCUGCUGGACCGUGUGUGUGGACAACAAAAUGAAAUCCAGAGAUGUGUAAGCAGAACACGAUGCAGGGACCCACACCGACAGUACACGGGCCAGGCUGUAGUGGACAUUCUAGGGUACAUCUGUGGACAAGGAAGAGAGGCUUUCCUCAGAGAAAAGGCGUGUAUUUCCCGGGAUGAUCUUGAAGAGAGCAUGCAGAGAUGUGCAGAUAUUUUCAGGAUUGAGAUAGAUCUGACACAAACACAAGUCUAUAGCGGACUUGCCUACGCCUCUUCAUACUGCACAACCAUCAACAACAACUUCAAAUGCAUCCAGAGAGGUAUUCGGCGGUCGUGCUCAGAACGAGCUGUUGAUGUGAUCAGCGAUAUCUACGGCUACCUUCACAAAGCUUCUGCAGAGGCGCUUGGGUGCUCGGUCACAUUUUCCAACUGAGGGAGGAUGAAUAACGAAAAUUUAACUGCACAUGUUUUAUAAUUCUGUAGAGUAAACUCUCCCUCUCCCCGGCCAUUCAUAUAUAAAUAUCUACCUUUUAAAUAAAUCGCAGUGAUCUUGAUA